AUUUGGGUUUUUUUGCCAUUUACUCAUUUCAGUUCAGAUUGGUCACAUUAAUGAUAAUAUUUAACAACAAAUAAAGUACUGACUUCAUUUCAGUCACGUGGUAAUACUGUUUCCGGUUAUACGUCGUCUACUGUGACCUACAGCAUGAAAUCGUGCAGAAACAAGCAGGAAUAGAAACUGAUACUUACCUCUUCUGGGGAAACAGGCAUUGUGAAGUAAAAAUGCUCCCAUCUUCCUGUGAUACCUUUGUUGCUCUACCUCCUUCAACUGAAGGACAAAGCAUCGUUUUUGGGAAAAACUCAGACAGACCCUGUGAUGAAGUGCAGGAGGUUGUGUAUUUUCCUGCCAAAGAUUAUCCAGCAGAGGAGAAAGUUGAGUGCACAUAUAUAGAGAUUGAACAGGUUGCCCACACGUAUGCAGUUGUGUUGAGCAAACCGGCAUGGUUAUGGGGAGCUGAGAUGGGAGCAAAUGAACAUCAAGUGUGCAUUGGAAAUGAGGCGGUGUGGGGCAGAGAGAGUGCUGAUGGUGAAGAAGCUCUUCUUGGUAUGGAUCUAGUCAGGCUUGGACUUGAAAGAGCUAAUACAGCCGAGAAAGCUGUGAAUGUCAUAACUGAGCUGCUGGAGAAGUAUGGUCAGGGUGGAUCAUGCAUGGAGGAUGAAUGUAACUUCACCUAUCACAACAGCUUCCUCAUAUCAGACCGGGUUGAAGCUUGGCUGUUGGAAACUUCAGGAAAGUACUGGGCAGCAGAGAGAAUUCAAGGUGGACAUAGGAACAUCUCAAACCAGUAUUGCAUUACUACCAAGAUCGACAAGGAACAUCCAGGAAUGCGGGAGUAUGCCCGAAGCAAAGGCUGGUGGGACGGAAAGACCGAGUUCAACUUUGCUGCCGUCUACUCCUAUCUGACCACAGCCAGAAUAGAGUCUGCUGGAAGCCGAUACUGUGAGGGAAAGAAACUGUUGGAGCAAAGCAACGGUCACAUCACUGCAGAAGUUAUGAUGCAAAUCCUGAGGGAUAAAGACAGUGGCAUAAACAUGGAGGGAAUGUUCAUGACAACAGGAAGUAUGGUGUCCGUGAUCCCCACUAAUCCCGCUCUGCCAGCGGUUCACUAUUUCACAGGAACUCCAGAUCCUCAAAGGUCUGUAUUUAAACCGUUCAUCUUUGUGGAAAACGCUCAUCUACUAAAGGAGACUUCCUCCCACAGUUUUGGUCCAGAUGAUCCAGUGAAGAAGAAACCUCGCUUCCAGAGCAAGCCUGACCGAAAACAUCCACUGUUUGUCAAGCAUGAAGUGGUGACUGCCAUCAUCGACACUUACAAGGAUAGAGGACAGAAGAUCAUAGAAAGCAUGAGGCAGCUGGAGAAGGAAAACUUGAAAAAAAUGGAGGGAGUCAGCAUUGAUGAGCCUGACCUUUUGGUUGACCUUUUCUCCCUGUCCGUUCAGGAGGAGAUGUCUCUGUACAGCAAAAGUUGAGCUUUGUAAAAUGAAUAAGCUUGACCUAAAUUGUAUGUAGCCACAUGUUUCAGUUUUUUGCUAAAAUUCAGUACAAAUUACCAAAAAACAUCUAUUAAACGAGCACAAAUUUGAAGUAAAUGACAGGAUUUUUCCUUUUUUUCUUUAAUCAAAUGAGUCCUAUUGUCAAACUCAUUUAAUCCGUAAUAUGAUUUUUGUAGAUUGAUAAAUAAUUUUAAAACAAAUGUGCACUUUGUAAAAAAAAAUACUCUGCACCUUAUUGUGAAUUAAUAAAAUUUUUAUUACACAA